AUGGCAUAAUGAGCCUGUCUGGCUUUGCUGUGGGGGUCCCGAAGUGGCUGUGUGGUUAUUUUGGGGGUCCUGGUCUAUACAGUACUACUACUAUAUGAUACUAUUACUACUACAGUAGUGCUACGGCCCCGGUCUUAAUUGGCGAGGGGCAUUGUUCUUGCUGGGUUUCUUAUUAGUAGUAUUCUUUUUUUCCGGCCAAAUGAUCGCAUUUUUCACCCCUGAACAUGUGCGAAAAGUCCCACAUUUAGGUAUAGGAUCGACCGGCUCGGCGAAAAAUUAAAAGUUGCCGGUUCAAAGCCGUGGACAGCCAUUGUAAUGCGAUGGCCACACUGUGCUAUAGAAACUGUGUGAAGGGGGAGGAUAGCGGCCGGGGGGUGGCCGGGCGGGCCACCGGCCCCGGGUGGUCACGUGGGGGCGAGAGCCAUCAUCGCCGCUUGCGGCUUCAAUUUGAAACUAACUUUUCUAAAACUUUUGCAAAACGAGCUCAUUUAGAUAUUGGCCGGAAAUUAUUUACAUUUUUAGUUGUCCCAGCUUUAUGUAAAAACAUAACAUGAGCCGUUUUCCAUAAUUCUGGUAUAACUGCCAUUUGCCAAAUAUUUCAUGACAAAGUAAAGUGUCUGGAAAUAUGACAUUCUAGAACCUGAAAUCGACCAAUGGGGAUUCUGGAUUGUUGUCACAUGACCUAGAUCUGAGUUGCCGUGACGACCAGACUCAUCGCUUUGACCCUUCUGAUGAUGUCACUAAGACUCAAAGCAAAGCACAGUUUGUAAGUGUAACCGUCCCACGGCUUUAUUUCACAACUCACUUGUACUUUGAAGAAGACACAGUGUUUCAGAGCAGCAAAUCCAAACAGAGUAAAACAGAGUAAAAAACUCAUACAAAACAGAACUAAAACAAGACCAGAACCAGAACAUAAAACAGAUAAAAACAGAUUUAAAAUGGACAAAAUCACGAACACAGAGAUGGACCCAAUCACACACACACAGAUACACACACCACAUGAACACAGCAACACAACAGCAGAGCGCCCUCUGGAUGAGAGGCUCAAAUCUGCAGAGCUGACAAUUCUGGAGCUGAAAGAACAGCUCCAGAAGGAGAGGAGUGAUAAGACAGGGCUCCAAGAAGCUCUCGGGGCCAAGAGGAAAGAACUGGGCAGCCUUUUCCAGAAGCUGUUCUGGAAGAAUGGGAAAAUCAACGAGCUUGUAAGGCAAAACAAGAACCUGGAAGCAGAGCUGGAGCAAACCAGGCAUUUCAACCAGCAACUGGGGCUGAGAAAUAAGGAGGUAACUGUGAGUCCAGAGGAAGACUCAACUCAAAUUCUUCCACUGGUUCAAACUCUUCAGGGAAAUUUUUCUGAGGAGAAAGAGAAGAACAGAAUUCUGGAAGAAGAGGUCCAAAAACACAGAGAAGAGAAGGCAGUGCUCCAAGAAGCUCUAGAAGUCACAAGACAAGAACUGGGCCAUGUGUCUGAGAAGGUUGACAGUUUAGAGGAUGACCUUCAACAAAGCAAUGCCAAAAUCACCUGCCUUUCCCAGAAAAUCCUGUCGAAGAAUGAGGAAAUCGACGAAAUUCAAAUGGAAAACAAGAACUUGAAAGCAGAGCUGAGCGUGUGCAGAGCAGAGCUGGAGCAAACCAGGCAUUUGAACGGGCAACUGGAGCUGAAACUGGAGGCAGAGACACAGGAGCUCAGUAGCCUAAAGGAUGCACUGAAGAAAAUGUGCGAUCGAACCAGGGACAAGCUCCAAGUAAAGAAUGCCGUUCUGCAGGAGGAAAAAUGCAGGCGCAGUGCCUGUCAGGACAUGCAAUGGAAAGUUGUACAGCUUAAGCAAAACCUCCAAGAUGUGAGUGAAGAAAAGGACGCGUUAGAGGAGUCCAUGAAAGAGGCUGAAAUAGCCAUGGACCGGAUCAAUGUCGACCUUUCCAACUGCAAGAAAGAGCUGGAGGAGGUGAGAGAGCAGAGGCAAGAUUUACUGGAGGAAAUUGUCCAAAAGAACCAAAUUAUUGAUAAACAGCAGGAGCUUAAGAGUGCUUAUGAGGAGAGGCUUGGUCAGUGGAGAGCCGACCGCAAGGCCUUCUACGACGAGCAAGUCAAACUCAGAAAGCAACUUCAGAAGCAACUAAAGGAGAUGAGACAACGCAACCAGAGCUUAGAGGAGCAGAUACGGUCAGAAGGCGACGGAGCAGUGGAAUGCAAGACAUGUAGAGUCCUCCACACAGACACAGGGAGUCCUGUGUCUGUGGGGAGAAGACGCAGGAGCAGCGAUUUUUAAAGCUCCCGAAGGCUUUGAGUAAACAGGGGGGUAUUCACCAGUAAAAAAAGGUCGCUAGACAACCUUUUUUAUUGGUGAAUAUGUCACUUUGGCGAGGGACGGCCUUGAAUAUCUAUGAUUUGAGGAAGUCCCUCGAGAGAAUGAAGAAGCUACUGGGAAAGGUGAAAACAUAUUCACUCUUAAUGGUUGUCCAGUCGACAGAUGUAAAAGUCUGUAGAGCGACGGAAACUUGAGGCAAGGAGAGUAUAUAUAUUUUUAUUGAGACAUCUUUGUAGGUUGGUGAAACAUGUGGUUCAGUGGACCUGAACACUCUACCAAUGACAUCUUUGUCAAGAGCAGGAUUCGAACCGCCAACCUUCGGAUCAGCACUCUACCAACUGAGCCACUGAAAAAUUAUAGGCAGAAUCUGAAUCUCAAGCUCAAUCUGAAAUCACCAUAAACGACAUAAACCCUCAGCGGUAACGACACGUACAGGACGUGUUCUGAGAUCGAUACUGGACCUCAUCAUGAACAGCCUGUGCUCAUGACAGCGAGUGAACGGCAACU